ACCAACCCACGUCAUAUUCUUGUUGUCAACUUCUCAUUCGUCACCCCCAUCCUCCACCGGCGACGCCGCCGGAACCCUACCAUUUCACCACCACCUCUUUCCCUAACUCCAAAGAUGGGAAGCAGCUCAGAAGAAGAGUUGGACGUUAGUGAUUCGGAGAUAAAUGAAUAUAAAGAGAAACCAUAUGAACUGCUUAAGGCGGGUACUUAUAAAGUAAAGUGCACAAACGGUUUCUUCAGAUGCCCUUUUUGUGCUGGUAAGAAGAAACAAGAUUAUCAGUAUAGUCAUCUUUAUCAGCAUGCAAUUGGAGUAACUAAGGGCGUAGCCAGUGCAAAGCAGAAAGCUAACCAUCUAGCACUAGCUACUUUCUUGGAACAUGACCUGGCUAACGAGGCUGAGCCGCUGCCUCAACAAUCAGCCCCUUUACCUGCUUCUAAACCUGAGAAGAGUGAGCUUUAUUGCUGGCCUUGGGUGGGUAUAGUUGCUAACAUACAAGAUGAGUCAAAGUGUGGUGGCUGUGCUGAUAUCCGUGGUUACUGGCUGAAUAAAUUCUCCAGAUACAAGCCUAUAGACAUUGAGAUGUUCUGGGACGACCAUCAGCAAAAUGCACAAGCUGUUCUGAGCUUUGAUAAUAAUUGGUAUGGGUUCAAGAAAGCAAUGGAGUUUGAGAAUUCAUUUGAAGCUGAUGGUCGAAGCAAGAAGGAAUGGGACAAAGAAAGAACUUCUCCAGGUCCUAGUCUAUAUGGGUGGUUUGCUCGUGAAGAUGAUUACUAUUCUAGAGGACUUGUGGGAGAAUUUCUUCGCAGGAAUGGAGAGUUGAAGACAAUUGCUGACCUCGUGCAAGAAGCAAUCAAUGAUAGUAACAGAAUUGUUGUGAAUCUGGUCAGUGAGAUUGACUCAAAGAAUGAAAAUAUUGGUCAAUUGCAGAUCAAAUACAAUGAGAAGACAUGGUCACUGAGUAGGGUGCUUGAAGAGAAAGCUGAACUUAAUCGUUCCUUCUACGAAGAAACUAGAAAAAUGCAAUGCCUUGCUCGUGAACACAUUAAGAGAGUUAUGGAUGAGCAAGAGAUGUUAAACAUGGAGCUGGUGAACAAAAAGAAAAGGCUUGAUUCUUGGAGCAGAGAACUCAAAAACCGUGAGGCAUUAACUGAACGCGAGAGGCAAAAGCUUGAAGAAGAGAAGGAAAAGAAUGAUAUGAGAAACAGUUCCCUUCAAUUAGCUUCGGAGGAGCAAAGCAAAGCUGACAAGAAUGUGCUGAAGCUAGUUGCAGAACAAAAGAAAGAGAAAGAAGAGGCUCUAAAAAAGGUUCUUGAGCUAGAGAGAAAUUUAGCUGAAAAGCAAACACUGGAAAUGGAAAUUCAAGAACUUAAAGGAAAGUUGGACGUGAUGAAACAUAUGGGAGGUGAUGACGAUGCAGUUGUUCAGCAAAAGAUGAAGGAAUUCAGUGAUCUCCUACAGGAAAAGAAAGAGAAUUUGGAGAGCAUGGAAGAUUUAAACCUGCAGUUAAUAGUUAAAGAGCGGCAAAGCAAUGAUGAGCUUCAAGAGGCUCGCAAGGAACUAAUUGCGGGUUUGGCUGAAAUGCUGAGCGGUAGCCGUGUUAAUAUUGGGAUAAAAAGAAUGGGUGAAAUCGACGAGAAAGUCUUCGAGAAUGUAUGUAAACAAAGAUACUCACCUGAAGAAGCAGAUAUCAAGGCUGCCGAACUCUGCUCCUUAUGGCAAGAAAAGCUGGAAAAUCACGACUGGCGCCCAUUACACUAUGUUGAUGAUCAGUAUGUGCUAAAUGAGCACGACGAAGUGCUAGUCCAACUUAAGGAAGAAUGGGGAGAUGAAGUCUAUGAAGCCGUUGGUACAGCAUUGAAGGAGAUCGAAAUGUACAACGCAAGUGGACGUUACGUGGUGCAAGAGUUGUGGAAUUUUAAGGAAAACAGGAAGGCCACUCUCAAGGAAGUGAUCAGUUACAUUUUCAAACAGUUGAAGAAUCUCAAGCGCAAGAGAAAUUAAGGAGGUUUGUUUGUGACUGUUUCAACAUGGAAACAAAAGCCUUAGUAAAUAUGUGCAUCCUUUUUUGCUUCUCCUAAUAUGAAUGAUGGAUGCUUUUGGGACAAUAUUAUAUUAGGAUUUCUCUGUCUUAA